CCGCAGGAGCGAGCAUCUCGCUGCGGUUUCGUCUUACCCUCGACUCUUGAACGGUCUGUCGGAAAGCGGCCUACGCGAAUCGAGCCCAGAGAUCCGACCGGGAUCCAGCAGGGAUCUAUCCGCGACGUCCGGGGAUCUGCCUGGAUCCGCGCGCUCCUCGAAACGAACCGUUCCUCUUCCGCGAAGGACGCGGAGAGCCGCGGUAACUCGUUGGUCGGACGCGUGCCAACGAGUUCGGUUCGGCAGAAUCCGAGGCUAACGAAUUCGAUCUCGAGUCGAGCUCGAUCGCCGAACGUUGCUCGAAGCGAUAGCGAAGCUAUCGGAGAGGUGGCUGAAGCGAGUCGGCGACUCUGGCAACCGUUGUCCCGAGCGACCGACUACCCGAGCCUAGAAUCGGAUCCGGUUCCGAAAGUUUAACGAAGCUUCGCCUAUUAUAUCAGAAGUUGCGACCCGAUCGUCGCAAAGACGGUGAAAGUGCAAAGUGUGUGUGUGCGGCGUGGCGCGGCGAGGAAACGAGGACGGGGCGCGUCUCGAACUGGAAAUCGAACGUAUCGCGGAAAGCGAGAGGCUCGUUUCGUUUCGUUCUGUAAAAUAAAAGAAGAGUUCGACCCGCGGAACGGAAGCGAUCUCGGCGAUGGCGAAGCCAGCCGGCCGACCCGUUCCGAUAGCCCGCGAACUCGCUUCGGGGAAUCCGUUCGAGUAUUCGUGGCACGAAAGAAAAGCAUGAUCGCUCGCUGUUAUUUUCUGAAAUGGAGCACGAUUUGCAUGGCCAGCGAACGAUAGAGCACGGAUUGCUUCUGUUAUGGUUCGCGCGCUGUGCCGCGGCGUCCAGAACCGGCCAAGGUCUCUGCCCGUUCUACACCGAACUCGGUGGCUCUUUGUUAUCGCGCGCAAACAAUCGUCUACUCUUUCGACCUAGCCAAAACUGACUCGCGCGGAACCGUCGUCUUCGUGGAAAAGCGACGAUUCCGAAAGCGGCUGGAAAACUUGGAUCUUUCGAUCUGCCAAGGUCCGCGAGACCUUCGACCGUCGGAUCCAAAGACACCCAAAGGAAGAAUAGAGGAAGGAGAGAAGCGCGCGUCGGAUCGGUUGUUGCGAGCGCGGCCGCGAGAAAUUUCGGGGCGAGAAAGAUCGGCGCGGCGGUCCCGGGUUUUCGGACUCGUCGCGCGUGUGCAGGAUCGAUAAGAUGCCGAUCGCGCCGGCUUAUCGGCCGCUGGCCCGAUAAGAGUCGGCCCCCGGAGAGCUGUCGGCGCUGUCGGAGCUGCCGGGGCUGUCGGAGUUGUCGGAGCUGGCGGAGCGAGCGCGGGCCGACCGCGAUACGCGGAUUAUCCGCACGGCUCGUUUAUUCCCGCGUUCGCCGUUGCAACGACAACGACAACGACAACGACAACGACAACGACGGCAAUCGACCUAUCGAGCCGCCCGGUCGCCCCUGCUGGCUGCUUCCCGCUCGAAAUUAGGAUCGUUGCUGCCCUACCUCGACCCGGGACAAAGGGUCGACUGCUCCGGGCAGUGCCGGGGACUACUCGGGAACAAGUAGAUCGGGACUACUCCAACCAAAAGGUCGGAGCGCGUGGUCGUUGGUCACGCCCUGCGGAGCUGCGACGAGCGGACGAGCAUCGGUUAUCGGUUCGAGAACGCCGCGUGCCAUCUUCUUAGGCGCCUCGCCUCGCUUCGCCUCGUCUGGAAACUAUCGAGACCGUUUGCUCGCGAGUGCGGUGAAUUUCAACGUUUCCGGGAGUCGAACUCUCGGUCGCCGGUGUCGGAAGGAGAUCCGAUUGGUUCGAGGGCGAUGCGCGCGACUGGAUUGGACUUGCGAAAGAAACCGUGCGCGGGCUGGAAUCCUAAUUGCCGAUCCUAGCAUCUCGGAAGAUCGAAGAUAAACGAGAGAUCGGAGACCCGGCACUGUCGCCGAAAGAAGAAACAAAAGAACAGCGGAUCGACGAAAGAUCGACGAUCGACCGGUUCGGUCGCGGGAACGCUCGCGGAGCAACACCGGGGGCAAAUUGCAUUUCUAACGCCGCGCCUCCGCCAAUUAGAAUUGCCCCGCGAUGGAUCGCGUCACGCGGAGAUACUUAAUGAAUAUUGAUCGAUGAGAUCGAGAUAAGGAUAACGCGCGAUGGAAGUGUACGAGGGUAUCGCGUAAUUUGUCGGAUCCUAACGAGACGGACUCGCGCUGCGAUCGAUCGAAGUAAACGGAGCGAGCCGAGAAAAAGAUAGAAAGAUAAAGGCGAUAAAAAGAUUUUAGCUUCUCGAUCGAUCGCGCCGGAACGAGAGAACGGAUUAUUGCAGCGAUCGAUCGAGACCGUUAUCGUGGAUCUGGAGAGGGUGCGAACGAUCCGGAGACGAGCUUUCGGGAUUUAUCCGGCACGGAUACGUAUAAACGUGGAAACGUGGAUCGUGGAUCGUGGUUCGUGGAUAGUGGAUCGUGAAUCGUGAAUCGUGAAUCGAUCGAGAAAUCGAUGCGGUCGUGGUGCAGCCGACGCGGCUCGAUCGAAGCGGAUCGUAAUCGGGCCCCGCGAUCGCGAUCGCAAUCGCAAUCGCAAUCGCAGUCGCGAUCGACGAUACCGCCCGCCGCGGAGCUCGUGACGAUAACGUGACGCUGCUAUCUCGAUCUCCCGAACGUGAUCGAUUCGAUCGACGCGCCGGAUCGGGGCCACCUUGAAAACCGCGAGCGUGUCCAGAUUGACGGACCCGAAAUCCGCUGGCGCACGCUGCGAAAUCGAAGCGGAGCGAAGCGCAGGGCGGACAGUCCGACGAAAAUACGAUGUCGCGCGUUGCGCGUCGCGUGUCGCCGAUUCGGCCGAUUCGCGCGACUCCGGUUCGCGGAAACCAUCGGAUUCGACGAGCGAACAGGAGUCACGAUUGAGCCCGAACAGAGCCGGACGCGAUGAGCAUACUUCUGUGGAGACAGCGCAGGGCUAGCCAGCUCAGAGCGGAAACCACCCUCCCGCUGACAAGGGAGGACGAGGAAUGGAGCGACUCGGAGAGGACACCGUCGGUGAGCAGCGGCGUGGACGGCGGAGGAUCGGCGGUUUCCAGCCCGGUCGCGCCGGUCGUCGAGGAAGAAUCGAGCCUUCCGCCACCGCCGAGACUGAACCACCCUUCCUCGGUCUCGGUCUCGAUCGCGAAUUCGACCGCCGACGAUAUCAGACUGAGGCUCAGCGUGCUCUCCGAAGACGCGCGAAAGCGGCUGGCUAGUCUUACCGAAGAUAUCGAGGUUACCAGAAGCCUGAGAGACCGACAUGCUACCUCGAAGCCCGAUCAGACCCGAGAGUCGAGUCCCAAAGACGCGGACGAGGAGGCGAUGGUCGUGGUCAAGGAGGAGGAUUGUCAGCCGAGAUCGGCGUCGUCCUCGUCGUCCUCGAUCCGGCGGAGAGACUCCGUUUGCAGGAGAGACUCCGAGGACUCCUCGAGGCGAUCGAACGCGGACGAUCCGCCUUCGGAGAAGAAACCGAAGCUCGACGACGAAGGAACACCAAGACUGAGACUCAAUGCUAGUCUGGCGACGGAUCCCGCGCUUCGACCCGCCGCCGUUGCCGCGCUCACCGUCAAACCGGAGAAUACCUCGCCGCCAAACCCUGUCCCACCUUUGCCCGCCGGCUUGCAGAACGCGAUCGCCUCGGGCCGGCUGUUCGUGCUGCCAACGGACGGCAAGGAGACGAUCACGGUGGAGCCAGCCAGGCCCGCGCCCCUGAUCUGUCCACCCUGCGGCAUCCGUUUCAGUUCGGCCAGCACCCUCGAAGCUCACCGCACGUUCUACUGCGCGCAUCGUCCUCGACUGGAAGAGGAAACGACGAACGACGAGGACGAGGAGAAGACGAGCAAGUUCGAGGUCAGAAAGGCGUACGCGUGCCCGCACUGCUCUUACAGCGCGGACAAGAAAGUGUCCCUGAACAGACACAUGAGAAUGCACGCGGCGUCGCCGGCGCCAUCCACGGUGCAACCAGCCCCGACCGUCGCCGUCGCCGCGGCAGCGGCCGCCGCUGCGGCUGCCGCGGCCGCGGCCGCUGCCGCGGUCGCACCGGCGGCAGGCGCCGCGACCACCGCGAACGGCUCGUUGAACGAGGAAGCGGAGAGAUACUGUAGAAACUGCGACAUCAAGUUCAGCUCGCUCAAGACUUACAGGGCCCACAAGACCCACUAUUGCAGUACCAGGCACGUGGUGAAGGAUACGCCGCCGGCUAGCAGCGCGGCAUCCUCGUCGGUGAAGGCGUCGCCGCCGACGAGCGCGAGUCCCGGGGACUCGCCGCCGCCGCAGCCCUGCCUGGCACUGCCCACCAACCCCAUCCUUAUCGUACCGUACUCGCUUUUUCGGGGAGCUAGCGUGCUGGCUGCGCCGACCCUGCCUGCUCCCGACACCGCUUGCUUCCUCCUGCCAAAUGGUCACCUUCAGCCGAUGACGAGAGGCCUCGCCGCGACAGCGCCCAAUACCGUGGUGGAGCCUCCGCCGGUUCUCAGAGCAGCGAACAAGCCGACGACGCCAGCGUCGGUCGUAGCGUCGUCCACGUCGCCACCUGGUUCGGUUCCCCUGGACCUCAGCGUCCGGAAAUCGCCGGCGCACCAGGACGAGAAGGAGAACAGGGUGUCGCCCGCGCCCUCGUCGUUGCCUCCGCCGCCGGGCAGCCCGAGAUCCAGAGGAAGCGGCAGUCCCAGGGCAAGGUCGAUCGCUUCCACUCCGACAACGGUUGGCACUGUCCCACCACCCCCGCCGACAGAGCUGGCUCUGAGAUUAGCGGAGCUGCCUCCGCCCACUGUUCCCGGAGUCCUUGUCAAACAAGGCGUCUCCAGGUGUAAGGAGUGCAACAUCGUUUUCUGCCGUCACGAGAACUUCGUCGCGCACAAGAAACACUACUGCCAAGCAAGGGAGACGACCGUCGGCAACAGUCCACCGCCACCGGGCACACCUUCGCCCCCUUUGGUCCAGUUGAUAUGCGCAGCCUGCGGCAUAAAGUUCGCCUCCAUGGACAACCUGGUGGCCCAUCAAGCGUUCUACUGUCCCAAGAGGCCGGAACCGCAGGAACAUCAUUCGAGAUGCACCAAAUGCAAGGCUGUCGUCGAGCCUGGAUCCACCCACGCGUGCAACAGUGGAACAACCGGAGGUUGGAGAUGUCCCGUCUGCGGUGCGGUGAGUCCCACGGCGGGUGCUGCGCAGCGUCACAUGGACGCUCAUCAGGGUGUGAAGGCUUUCAGAUGCACGAUCUGUCGCUACAAGGGUAACACGUUGCGCGGCAUGAGAACGCAUAUAAAAAUGCACUUUGAGAAGCGAGGAACCGACCUGCAGGAGGAGAAUUACAUAACGUGCGUACUGGACGACGAAACGGUGCUGCCGACACCGGAACCGGCUCCGGCCACGACGCCGGAAGACGUUCCCGCGGAAGUGCAGGUGAACGGCAAGACCGAGGUGCGGAAGAGCAGUCCCCAGCCUCCGCCACCCCCGCCACCGCCAACGGUGACGAACAAGGUGAAGCAAGAACGAGAGGACACGCCACCGCCCGAAGAGAGCCUGGAUCCCAACAAGAGCGGGCCCAGAUACUGUCGAUCGUGCGACAUCAGCUUCAACUAUCUGAGCACGUUCUUAGCGCACAAGAAGUUUUACUGCUCGAGCCACGCCGGCGAGGCGAGCAACAACAACAACAACAACAAUAACAACAACAACUCGAGCAGCCACGCCACGCCACCGCCGAGUGGCAGGACUGAAGCAUCUGUACUUUAAGGACUUUCGUGAUCCGAGGCGUCCGUUAAUUGUUGCCAGUUUAUAUAAUAGAAUUAUCGACUAUUCGUUUUAGUUGACUACCGAUGUGUGAAUUCUGUUGAUCCAGGGAAUUGUUUGUACUUAUAAGUUGAUUCAUCCGACGUGUACAUACGUGUGCGUGAACAGAAGGGCUGGGCCAAGGACGAGCCGAGAUCCUUGGCAGCCGUCCGUCAGACGGUCGUGGCAGCGUUCUUCUUUUGGUGGUACACGCUUUGGAACGAGGACGAGCAAUCGGAGAGGAGGAGAUGUUCGAAGUUAUACCAAAGUGAGGCUGCCAAAUUAGAUACACCUGGCGUGCGAUUCCGAGUAGUUGGUCUUAAACGCGCUACGGCCGGCUGUUACGAAGGUGUGCAAUCUCAUGAUUCUUCAAUAAUCUCAUAGCUCUAACUAAUUAAUCGACAUACCUAGGGAAUUAUGGAUAAUAAGAGAUGAAUGUAAAAUGUUGUACAGUAGAUGAGUAGAGUAUUACCGGAACGAUAGCAAUUAUCCCGAAUGAUACCAAUCUCAAGCUUGUGAAAACGUUCGCGUUUUCAAAAGUUGCAAUAUCACAUUUAAUAUGGAUAAAAAAAAAAA